AUGAAAGAAGGUAUUAAACAAAAGUAAGAGUCUAUUAACAUACAUUUCAAGAGUUUGAAGAAAUGUCUACAAAAGAUAAACUUCCUAUAAAACCUAAGUAUAUUGAGCACAAACUAAAUCAUUACCAACAACGUUUCAAUUGGGAUUGUGGCAUUGCAUGUGUUAUGAUGUUACUUCCAUCAGAACAAAGAGACUACUUAAGAAAGCAUUUCACAAAGAUAUGCUAUGAUGAAGGAUUCCUACAAUCAACAUGGACUAUUGACCUUUGCUAUUUAUUAAAAAGAUUUGGUAUUGAGCAUUGCAUGUACACUAUUGUAAAGGGUGUAAAUAGUAGACGAGCCAUCAAUGAUGGGAUAAAUUAUCAGGCAUGUAAACGAGUUGAAAGUCGGAUUUAUAAUGCUGAAGAGGCUGGAAUUUUUAUAAAGGAGAAAGAGUUGAGUGUGGAAGAUCUUUUGUCUCAUGUAGAGUGUAAAGGCCCGGCCAUUGUGUUAGUCGACUCACCCUUAUUGAUAUGUGACUUGUGCAAACAUAACAAGAUGAAAGCAGAGUUCAGACGUGUGUUCGGUGGUCGAUACAAAGGUCACUAUGUUCUGGUGGUGGGUCGCAGCGGGAACAAGGCGUUGUUUCGCGACCCGGCAUUAAGCACCCGACUCUGUGCCACCAGCCUUGCCCGAUUGCACGCCGCAAGACAAGCCCCCGGCACUGAUUUUGAUGUUAUACUUAUUAACAAAGUCUUUAGUAGGUGAUUAAGUAAAUAAAAACAUAUCUUAAAAU